AUGAUAACAUUUGGUGCGAAUAGUGGAAUAAGAAUUAAUACAGGUUGGUGGUGUUGCAUUAAUAAAAACGGUAGACGAGGUAUUGUACCGGCGAAUCGUCUUCGUAUGCUUCAUCGAUUCGAUCAGAAUACUUCACCUCAGGAAUCGAUCUCAUCACAACCAUUUAUCGAUAGUAACAGCAGCAGUGGUAACAGUAAUAGACGACGGUUCAUGUUUGGUAAUACCGGAAGACUGUCAACAACACCAUUUAUCGAUGACAAUGAUUCACUGAACGAUAUUACAUCGUCACUCACCAAUGAAUUCAUUAAUUUGCCCACAUUUAAUUCAGGCUCAUUGUUCGAUCGUAUAUUUCCUCUUUCACCAUUGGAACGCUACAAGGACACCUCUUUGCGCCAUAUGUCCAAUGGUACUUUUGGUUCACCGCCAUAUGGCGUUGUACGAAAUAUUCCGAUUAAAGUGGAAAGUGCAUCAUUAAAUGAUAAUGGUAAUAGUUUUGAUAAGAUAAGAAGUAACACGCUUGUUUUCUCAAGCAAUCGCAAUUAUAACGAUGACCGAUCCAGUUCAACAUUUCCUUAUUAUUAUAAGAAAUUCGAAAGGUUAGCAUCUUUUUCUAAAUUUAACCAUAUUGAUUGA